AUGUGGGGAUUUCGCUCAUCAACAUUAGCGAGCAUUUUUCUCCUACUCUUAGUUGCCAUGAACUUUUCAGUAAGCCAUGUUUCAGCUGCAAAACAUUUUCAAGAUGAGACCGAUCGCCUUCCUCUGCUUGAAUUCAAGAAGCAGAUAUAUGAUGACCCAUUUGGAGUGCUGAAUUCCUGGAACCAUUCACAACACCAUUGCCAGUGGGAAGGAGUCACAUGUGGUACUCGACAUCAAAGGGUCAUAGCCUUGACUCUACGGCAUAAGCAGUUGUCUGGAACCAUAUCUCCUCAUGCCGGAAAUCUAAGCUUCAUGAGGUUCAUCCAACUUACGGACAAUCAAUUCCAUGGUGAGAUUCCCCAAGAAUUCGGUCGCCUCCUCAGGCUAAGAGUCUUGAACUUGUCAAGUAAUGCACUCAGUGGGAAAAUCCCAGCAAACCUGACCUACUGCUCAGAGAUGAUAAAUAUUAGCCUAGCGGGGAACAAUCUAGAAGGGAAAAUCCCGAUCGAUCAGCUGAGCAAUUUGAAGAAGCUUGAAAUUUUUUAUCUUGGCCUCAACAAUUUGACAGGAGAGAUUCCCUCCUCCAUUGGGAACCUAUCUUCAUUGAUUGGACUCGCUCUCGAGUACAACAAUCUGGAGGGAAGUUUGCCUCUGGAGAUGGGGCUCUUCAAAAGGUUAUCUAUAUUUUCAGCAGCAGAAAAUAAACUCUCUGGUAUAAUCCCCGCCUCCAUCUUUAAUAGUUCAGCCAUUACUGUCAUUUCAGUAGCCGACAAUUACUUUCACGGCAAUCUCCCAAUUAACAUGGGUCUCACCCUACCAAAUCUGAAACAAUUAGCUGUUGCGGGAAACAAUUUCUCUGGAAACUUUCCCACUUCAAUCACCAAUGCUUCUGGGCUUGAGUCUAUUGAUCUUUCCGAGAAUAAAGUUGCAGGCCAAGUUCCAGCUAAUUUAGGAGAUCUGACAAAUCUUCAAUUUUUAAAUCUUGAAAGAAACCUCUUCGGCGGUAAUUCAACUGGAGACUUAGAUUUUAUUGCAUCAUUGACCAACUGCAGUGAUCUAAGCGUUUUUUCAUUGAGUACCAAUAAUUUUGGAGGUAAUAUACCUAAAGUCAUGGCCAAUCUCUCAAAUCAACUCACUGCAUUGUACUUGGGAGAUAACCAACUGUCAGGAACCAUUCCACAAGGAUUUGGAAACUUUGUCAACCUAAUUCGACUUAGCCUUGAAGAAAACUAUCUUUCAGGGGUCAUUCCAAGAGAUUUUGGCAAAUUACAAAAUUUGCAACUUCUGGUUUUUGACAAUAAUGACUUGUCAGGACAGAUAUUCUCUAUCCUAUGUAAUGCCACAGGUCUAUACCAUCUGGACUUAUCAUUUAACCUGUUUGAAGGGGGCAAUAUAUUUGACAAUGUGAAAAUUCGUUUAGUGGUUCUCUGCCUCCUGAAGUUGGAAAGCUUAUACACUUAG